GCUCUGCAGAACUGCUGGAGCUGUUCUCGGUAGAUCCGAGAUCCGGAAUAAACAUCACCAAUUUUCCCACCAACAAAAGUUCGAUAGUCCAACUCUGCAAACAACAAUUCACUUCUUCCCUCGUUAAUUAAACAGUGAUUAGUAACGCAUUCUAGACAGUUACGAAGUUCCUGUGACUAGAAACAGUUUAUCGUAGAAAAGAAGAGGAGAAACAGUGUUUAAGACUUAUUGAGAUUUAGGGUUUGUUGGUUGGGUCAAAUAGUGAAAGUAUGUAAUUUUCAUGAAAAGAUGGAAUAAAAUAUUCAGCAGGUUAAAGUGACACCCAUUCAGCCUACAACACACGCAUACACACAUGUGCACAUAUUCUCAGUCAGUCUCACAAUAGAUCGCUCGAAUUUGGGAGUCGAUCAAUGUAUUGGAUUUUGAUUAAUCUUUACCAAAACCGACCAAAGUUACAAUGCUAACGGUGGACAAUGGCCAUAUUUUGUAUGACUUGACCAAUUUUAGCUACCCUGCUAAUACUGCUGAACUUGCAGCCUGACUAUGACUGCCUGGGCUAUGUAGAAAUGGGAGAAAGUCAAACUUUAUUAACCCGUAAAAUGACGAAGCCAGUACGAAGAAACAGAGUUUUGUUAAUAAGUGGAACGAUCGUUAUGAAGGAUGAGGUGGCACGCUUGGAGAGAAUUGUUGGGUAUGACCGCCAGAACGUUACAAUCUUCGAGUUGUGUUUUCUGCCCCCCUUUCAGAAACAAUUCUGUUCUUUGUGUCGUCAAUGUUGUCCUACUUUCGAAGAAUGAUGAUUCGGAGUGGGAUGAAAUGGAAGCGGGUCGUUCUUUUACUCUCAAUUGUCCUCAUGGGCUUCGUCUUCGUUCUCUCGUCAAGGUCACGGGGACUCCACACGGACGUGUUCCAGUUUUCAGACAACAGUGUCGUCAGUAACAUUAUGAAAGCCAUUCAACCCUCAACACGGGCUGUCGUUUUGCCUGACAAUGAUACUGCUUACGUGCAGCCAGAAGAGUCCAAGUCGUGUCAAGAUUCGGGAAACAGGCAAUUUCUCUUGUUUAUGUUCACGUCAGCCCCAAAAAAUUUUGAAAGACGAAAAUCCAUCCGUAUCGUCUUGGACGAACAGCUCACGACAUGGGAGAAAAUAGUGGCCAAAGAGUAUCCUGAAUUCAAAGUUGGUUCAAGUAUCAAAGCGUUGUUUUUCGUCGGUGAUUCAGAGGGAGCUUCGGAAGAGUUUGUGGGUCGACUGACCACUGAAUCCAACGUUAAUGGGGAUAUGAUUUUUGACAACUUUACGGAAUCUUAUCUCAACCUCACCAUCAAAACUUUACGGAUGCUCAAAUGGGUUAAUCGUCAUUGUGGAAAUGUCCGCUACAUGGUUAAGAUUGACGACGACGUCUACUUAAAUACACCCCUCCUUCUUAACUUUCUCCUCGGCUUGGACAUACCCACGGGAGCCAAUCUCAUUGCUGGACAUAAAUACAAAAACAUUAGAAUUGACUCUGAUCCAAGUUCCAAAUGGUACACGCCACAUUUCUUGUGGGUCGCGGGGAGUUUCCCAGACUUUGUUGGAGGCUUCAACUACAUCUUGGGUUCCACAGCUAGGGCUGACUUGUACCAUUCCGCUCUGAACAACCCACUUUUCCAUCUUGAGGACGUCUUUUUAACCGGCAUGGUGAGGGAGAGUCAUCUCAAAGUGGGGGUAGUUGACAUUCCUGAAAUCUAUGUCGGCUGGAAUAUAAAAGACAAAUUUACCACCUUUCCGUGCCAUUUUCUUCACAAUAUUGUCACUAUUCAUUCUUUGACUGCCAGCGAAAUCAAAUGUUACCGACGAAUGGAGGAAUUUUGCCAAAACUUUCCCUUCCUCCCACUCAUCCUCCUAUGCUGAAAAAAGAGCUGAUGUUGCUGCUGAAGUGAAUGGUGUUGAUAAUAAUCUACCUGUGAUACGUCGUACUUUGUCUAAUCAUCACUCAUCUCAUGAUACAACUUGUUCUUCUUAAUAUGCCAUAAUACAUACAAAGUAGUUAUAAUUCGUGUUCCUAAUAUUUACAUUAUUUUUGUCAACUUAAUUGUAGGAUGUGGGGUUUGAAUAUAGCAUUUAGUCGUUUUCAAGAUUAUAUAAUUUUUGCCAUGAACUCUGCUGAUAUGUUUACAAGCAUUUACUGAAUUUAUUUAUUUAAUCGAACUCCCCACUAAUUUGUUAUUGAAUAUUCAAAAUCUUGUUUUAGUUUUUGUACUGAUACAUUUGUGAUGCACCUACUUAAAAAUAAAGUUGUUACAGUUGUUAUGACCUAA